AUGUCGCCUCCGACGAUCGUCCCCGCCCCGCAGAUCGCGCAGCUCUCGCCCGUGAAGGGCAAGGGCAAGCGGAAGAGAACGCUGACGCUGGUGGAUGGAAGUCCGUUGGCCACCUCUCCCUCACUCUAUCCCCUCCCCUCCCCCACUUAUCUCAUCCUGCUUCGCACCUGCAUUUGCUUUCCCCAGAUUAUGGAAGCCAUGCGUCUGCGUAUCAUUCAGCUCGAGGAGGAGCUCGCACAACGCGAGAGCGGCGCGUCGCAGACGUCCGACGCGCGACCUGCCAAGCGCGCGCGCGUAGAUAACGAAGACGCAUCGGCCUCCGCCUCGACUCCGAGCGCCGCCACGGCGAGCGCGUCGACCACGAAAGCUGACGCAGCAACCGCCAAAGCAGACGCGAAGAAGCGCAAGAUGCAGUUCAAGACGUUCUUCGAUCGGCUCAAGAAGGAGCUCAAGUCGGACGCGGUCAAGUUCCAGGGCAAGGGCCCGAAGACGAUCAAGUUCGACGAGGUGCUCGCACCGGCGGAUUUCGAGGGGCUUUUUGGGGGCAAAGGCACCCUCAUCCAGCCCACGCCGCAGAACAAGCCAAAGAGCACGGUGACGAUAAUCAGUUAUACUGCAGGGCAGGUCGCGGACCUCUUCGAGGGCGAGCUGAAGGCGCUGAAGGGGAACCGGUGGACGGUAGGCGGCCUCCCCACGCGCAACUUUGGUGGCGGCUUCUUCGGCGGGGGUCACAUGACGAUGAGCAAGUCGCGCAAGACGGGCGCGUGCGACGUCAACGUGCUCGGCCUCGAGGUCUCGUACUCGAAGAACAACAUGAAGUGCACGCUCAAGUUCGACGUGAACGAGGUGGGUGGCGGGUCUGAGGGAUAUGAGGAUGAUUGGUGGGCGAUUGACUCGCAGCUCAUACACUCUCGCAAACGCGUCCUUUCACCUCGACGCGUCCACGGGCUGCUGGCCGCGUCCUUGCUUCCGCUUCACGUAGGCUUCCGUCCCUUCCGCGGGGCGCAUGCGCUCCCGAUGUCGAGGGUGAUGCACAUCUCGGAGUCGAUCAACGCUGUGGGCGAUGAGGACUCCGAAGCCAGGCCCACUUUCCACGCCACAGAAAUGGACGAAGAGCAGAUUCUUCCAACAGACGGACACCGCCAAGGAUUUCCUCCAUGGUUUCUGGAUAAGCUGAGAGUUAGUCGACGAUCUCAAAGUCUCCGGUUGAUUUCAGUCGACGCUGACGACGCGGCGCCUCUAAUGGAGCUGGGGCCUGAAGCGCACGAGGUCAACCCGGAGAACGACGAGCCCGCACGACGUCUGCUUUGCGGUGGAUGUCAGUAUCAUGGUGACAACGACCGGCUCGAGCGUGCGCAUGUGUCCAUCGUGCACAUUCCUGCAUGCUAUGCGAUAUGA